GUAGUUGAUUGAGUUAUCGCGAGACAAAAUAAAAAAAGGAAUUUUUUAUGUACUAAAAAAAAUGCCAUGAAAUGAUGAGUGAUCCAGUGAUGGUGUGCAAAAGUGGCAAAAAAUCAUAAAAAAUUAAUUUUAUGCGAUAAUAAAAGACUUGUUAAAAAGACACAAGACGAAAAUAAAGCAAAAUAAAAACAAAAAAAUUAUGAAAAUAUAAAACAAACUCGCACAUCAAUUAAAAAACCACAGAAAUUCAUGUUUGUUUUGAAAUGGUGACAUUUAUGCCUUGUAGUUAUUUAUCAGCACCCCGCUGUGGCCUGAUUGAUAAAAUGAUAGAGAUAGAACCAAAGGCAAAACGACCCAAACUAGACACAGGUUUAACAGAACUCACAACUGAUCGCAACUCAACCAAUAAUUUAAGACAAUGCUCACAACAGAUCGACGCAGCUUCAUAUAACGCUCCAAACAGGAUUUUGUACAAUGCGACAACAUCCACGAACAAAGGUUUAAUCGAAGGCAGUAGUAGUAGUAGUUCGGGCAGCAUAAAUUUAUCGACACAUCAUCCGAUCAUCGGAGGCGGCAGCAAUAACGCGCAAUCCUCAUCGUCCAUCUCUGCGAUCGGAAGCACCAACACCGAGGGAGGAAUGUCCCAUUGGAUUAAUGACACAGCAACAGCGGUAAAAUCGGAGAUUCGAAGUCCCGGCUUGGGUGAAACGGCAACAGCAACAGCCAACAUUACGUCAGCACAUCUCGACACGGCAGCACUCUUCUGCAGCUCAAAUUCCUCGCCUCUCGUUGAUCCGCUCCAAGCGCCCGGCAGCACGUACGAUCACUCGAAACAGGAUUACUACAAUUACUACAACAGCAUGCAGCAAUACACACCGUCAUUUUAUUCCUCAUACACACCAUAUCCGUCGAGAACUAGUACAAAAUUACCGUCGCCCAAUGCGUAUCUGACGUCGGGCAGUGCGUAUGCGACAAACAACAAUUCCGCGCAAAUCUACUCUGGUUACGCGGGUUAUCAGAGUUUUAGUCAAUUUAGUUCGCAUGCUGCGGCGGCAGCGGCGCAACAAGACUAUCCGGCGUACUACAACGAUUACAGCAAUUAUUACGCAACAGCGCCGGGAUAUUCGCCGUAUGUUGGAUCUCCAAGUAGCAGUGGGAGUCAAAGUUUUCACACAUCCGCUGGAUUGUCAGAAAGUCCCUCGGAUCUGCAUCACACGGCGACAACUCCAACACUUUUAGCUCAUUCGCAUUCCCCGCAUUCGCCACUGUCAAUUUCCCCGAAUAACACUCCAGCUUCGACCAAAUCAACGCCAAGCAAAUCUGGGCGAGCUCGUGGACGACGACAUGCUCAACCAAGUCCCACACGAAGUAUCGCUUCGGAUGCGGGAAAUUCCACGACUGAAGCUGUCAAGCAACCUGAACGCGUUUUCAUAUGGGAUCUCGAUGAAACUCUGAUUAUCUUCCAUUCGCUUCUCACGGGCACGUACGGAAAUAAAUAUGGCAAGGAACCAAACCAAAUAAUUCAGCUCGGCUAUCGCAUGGAAGAGAUGAUCUUCAACUUGGCCGACACAAAUUUCUUUUUCAACGACGUGGAAGACUGUGAUCAGGUACACAUUGAUGAUGUAUCGUCAGACGAUAAUGGGCAAGACCUCUCCGCAUAUAACUUCACAACAGAUGGUUUUAGCACAGGACAUGCACAAGGUGCACCCCCGAACUUGUGUUUGCCGAAUGGAGUGCGUGGCGGCGUCGAUUGGAUGCGAAAAUUGGCUUUUCGUUACCGCAAGAUAAAGGAUACGUACAAUUCCUACAGAAAUAAUGUUGGAAGUCUCUUGGGACACGGAAAGCGCGAUCAAUGGUUGCAAUUACGCAGCGACAUCGAAACAUUCACAGAUCAUUGGCCAAGUUUGGCAUUGAAGUGUCUCCGGAUGAUCGAUCAACGCGAAAACUGCGUCAAUGUACUUGUGACAACCACACAAUUAGUUCCUGCAUUAGCAAAAGUAUUACUUUUCGGUUUAGGCGAAGUUUUUCCAAUCGAAAAUAUUUAUAGUGCAACAAAAAUAGGCAAAGAAUCAUGUUUCGAACGCAUCGUCACCCGAUUCGGACGAAAGAGCACAUAUGUCGUUGUCGGUGAUGGUCAAGACGAGGAAUCCGCUGCGAAAACUCUCAACUUUCCAUUUUGGCGAAUUUCGGGUCACAGUGAUAUCAGAGCGUUGCAAACGGCAUUGGAAAUGGGAUUUUUAUGAAGGAAAAAAGCUCAAAAUCUUAUUCGCAGGCUGACCAACUUCAUGGUUUCCAACUUUCAAAAACUUUUUCACUAAUUGUAUAAACAAAUAAAGUAAUUAGAUAAAAUUAUUACUAAAAUAUAAAUAAAACAUAACAUUAAGUCUAUUCAAUUUUAACAGCAAAAAUUUUAUCAAAAAGUAUCAAAUUAUCAAAAACAAAAAAUAUUAGAGUAAAAUUAUUAGAUGUAGGUGUAAUUUAUGCUUUUACGAUAAAUUUUAAAAAGUUAGAUGAUAAUUAAAUGA